AUGUCUAGUCAGUUUCCGCGAAUCAUAUUGCUCAGUCUGUUCAUUUUUUCCGCCUUAUCGCUCACAAAAGACUCUGCUCCGAUAACAGAUGACCCGUGGGACUUGGACGGACCAUGCCAGAAGUACGUUGAGGUUUGCAAAAACCGAACAACAAAAAAAAACUUUUGAAAAUCUGCAGAAAUUCGCCGUAGUUCAGUCAGAGAUGGUGGCUUGCGCGACAAACUGGUCGAUUCCUCCGAAAGUGUGCACAAACUGUUUUCAGAAUUUCAUAAACUUCAAGCAGUUUGAGUAUGAAACUAAGCAUUUGGUAAUUAUAUUUUGAUCCGAUUCAAUCGUUUGUUUUUUUUCUUAGGAUAACGUAUUUUCGCUGGACAAUCGAACAUGUUCCCAAGUUAUCUACGAUAACUAUUUGCUCUCUUACAGCAGUGACAUUUCCACCGCACUGACGUCGAAAAUCUGGGAGCAAUCUCGAUGCGACUGUAAGUUUUACCCGUUUUACUGAUAACUUAUGGGGCUAUUCUGGCAUGUUUUUUUCCGUUUUUUUUUCAAAAAACCCAAUUCAGCGAUGUAAAAAAACGAAAAAAAAAGAAAGAAAACAAAUAUACGUUGAAUAGCCCCAAUAUUGUGUUUUUCCAGCAUGCAUCAAAAUUGAAUGGAACUUCCCGGCAAACAAAUCGGAAGUUCAUUUCAGUGACAAUACACUGCAGUUCCAGAACUUAUUGUACGAAUGGCGCAACUGUGUUGUUAACUACACUUCUGAAGAUGUUUUUGAUCACGACGUCAGUUAAAAGUUCUCAAUUUAUCAGCCCAUCAUUUCGUUUUACAGUUGACGAACGGAAGCAAAAUCUGCAACCUUUGCAAAAGCCCGUUCAAUGAGCUCUUCGGUUACUACUGGAAAAUCUACAUCACUCCAGAUGUGGAUUUCUGUGUCGACGUGGAAACAACAAUGAACGACACGAUCCAUUUGUGGAACGAUGUGUGGCAGUGCGCAGAGAAACAGGACAGAAACCGUGACCUCGCUGGAAUUAUGAUCACAUUCGCCACUUUGCUUCUGCUCACCGCACUUUUCUACGCGGCUAGCUACAUUCAGGGUGGCGGACAGACACGGAAUCUCGUCAGAUGUCAGCUCAUCUGGUCAUUCCGUUUCCUGACAAUUUGGUUACAGAUUCCCGUCUGGACGAUCCUCGUGGUCUGCGUUCUCGACUGCUUUCUUCCGGAAUGACGGAUGCGGAUUAUGUCCACAGGGCCUCUCCAGAUUCAUCUUCCUCAAUUGCCUACAAUGUACCGGUACACCAAACCAGAUGACACCUUCCUGUGAUUCUCCCCGACGCCUUCUUAGUCUCUGCCUUCUUCCUUUUUGUAAAUACGUUGUCAAUAAAUCGCUCAAUUGUUUCUUUUUCCUGUUCUUUUCUUUCAUCAUCGGAUGUUUUUUUUCAUCGCUUUUUUACUUUUGCCAAUAAAUCUGUCUCUCUGACAGAUUAAAAACAAUAUUCCAGAUUCUGCGAGAUUCCAAACGAUUGCUCCACAAGCAAGUACUUCCGUCGUCGUCAAUCUUCUGCAUAGCGUAAGAACACUACUUUUUUUUCAGUCGUGUAGCUGAAACUGAAAAGGAAAGUCCGUAAAAAGUGCAAAUCCAUCUGUGUUUAUGCCGCAGGUGCUUGUAAAACCAGUUCUCAUCCCUUCUGCUAGCAGGUGCCUGGCACAUCUUCGUUUGAAUCUUGACGAUCGAAAAUGAAUCUGCGACUGUGUCGGCUCGUAAACGAGACGCCGAAUGACCGCGUCUGCUCGUAACGUGCUUGUUAACCCGUCCGCAUGUUGCUCGGUUCCUGGCUCGUCAGGCGCAACAGCCCGGGCGAAAAACGAUGAGUUCGUCCGGGAAGCAUUGUUUGUUCGGAGGGCGCGAGGAUGCGCGCAGCACACCUCGACCGUCCGGACGAGAAGCGGCAGCCGCGCGGCGAUUCUCGUGUUAUCGGUUCAUUCAUGUAAAUAGUUGUUGUUCGACAGCCCUCUCUUUCCUUUGCCGCUUUCCCUCCCACUUCCACUUUCGGCGUAUCGAUCCGAUCCGCUGCUGCCGCUUGCUUCCGGCACCUCGUCUGCCAGGUGUUCGAGCAGUCAUUCACGUCGCUACUCUCAAUUGACUUCCAUGUUUGUGGUCUCGCGCAGUCGAUUUUGCGAAACACUCGCUCGCGCGCUCAGUUUGUGCCUCACUUUUUUUGCAAGUAUGUGUUUCGCGUGAUGUUGUCAACGUGUCUCAAAAGUGUUUCCAUUUUGAAGGACGGAAACCACCGAAAACAUUUUUUACCCUAUGUCACAUUUUGGCAGAAAUCGUCACAAAUUGAGUAGCACCACUGGAAUAAUUCAGUUCGUUCCUUUCCGACAACUGCUUCAUCACAACACACACACCCAGAGCACUAGGUUAAAUCCCCAGUGACAUUGCUCGUUUUUUGUCCUCCCUCUUAUCUCUUUCAUGCUUUCGAUCUCCCGCCGACCAAUUCACACGCAUCUCGUUAUACCAGGUUGUUCUUUUCCGCUUCGCUCCCAGCCUGCUGCUCUUUUCAUUCAUCCUAGUUUAAUGUUCCUUAAGAAAACGCGUGUAAGUAUGCACUUUAUCAGCAGAUGUCGCCCUCCCCCUCGCCCUCUUUCUCCUCUUACAUCCGAUCCCCGAUAUGUAUACAAAUGCGAUCACAAAGCGACCGAUCGAGCGGUGUUCGGCGCCACACCGCGAAUAAUAAUUUCCAAAUUAAGGGCACUCCGACGCCUUGCUAGUCACUUCUCGCGCGCGGGGCAUAUAAUGUUGAUAAUGUUGGCGGAAGGCCGUAGAACAGUCAGUCGUUUGUUCACAAUAGUUCUGGAUUGGGGGAAAGACCGCCCGAUCUCUCUUCGUCUCCCGUUUUGACUGUCGACUGACACUUGCGCACGUAUACGAGAGACGUUUAAUUAGCCCAAUUUAUACACCUGCCCAUGCAGCACCGGCUGUUUGCACCUCCCGGAUUCCGUCCUGAUGAUGGUCCAGCUGUCUUGGCGGAAUAUGCGAGAAGCCUUCCGGAAAAUACCACACUCAUUCGGUUUUUGUCCUUCCGAAUAGAUACAUAUCGAUGUCCUCACGGUUUAGUCGGAUGAGAUGUGUGUUCUACGUUCACUAUCCGCUUCCGAGGCAGAUCGAUAUCUGUGUCAUCCAUCAACAAGGUACAGCUGCCGCUCCCGCGCUAACAGAACAAAGACGCCAGUGUAGGUCGAAAUGAUCAGACAAAGUUACUGAUCAGUGUGCACUGGUAGACUCAAGGUUCCAUUAACAAACAGUUAUGGGAGUUCAACAUAUAUUCCGAAGAUAUUUGCUCAUUUCCAGAGGGCUUUCGUAAUUUAUGUGCUCCGACAGCAGGGCGCUCAACGAAGUUACACCGCCGGCUACUACGGCUGGGCCGUGUAUAUCUUAGUUUAUAGCACUUUGACGCACCGCGUGCUUCCGGAGUCGUAAACGUGAUGCGAUGCGACCGCCACAAUAACAGUCUCCACUUGCCACUAUCCGCAAUGACUAUCCUUUCAUCCGUUUGGAGUGCCACAGUGGGCGGCUGUUGCCUGCUUAUUUGACCCGCUUCUCUUUUGCUUCCGCAAAAAAUCAACCGCAAAUCGUUGACAGUUUAACGAGUACUAAUUUUGUUUGUGAGUGUGUGUGUGUGUGGAUUCUUGAGAGUUUCAGAGAGACGAAACACGACGAGAAAGAGAGACAUGAUUGGGUCGGUGCGAACCAGCAAGAGAGGAGUGGAUGAAGAACGGUGGGGGAUAGGGCACGGCGGGCAACUGCUGUGUGUAUAAUGAUGCGGUUGUUCGGAGAAGCGGUACUGCGCAAGAGGAGACGCAGACACGGCGUGCAGGCGGAAAGUUUCAAGUGCGUCGACAGCCGAUGUCUCUCUCUCUCACCCUUACGUCCCUCUCGUUGCGGAGAGACAGACAACCCGACGAGCGACCUAUCCGUCUCUUCUGACUUUUCGCCCGUAAUCCGGCCGUUCCCCUCCUCAGAUCUCCCACCAGUACUAGGAAACCUCUUUUCGAACUUGUAACAUCUUUGAGAAGUUCUCCAAGAUCAUACUUGUCGACAGCCAAACUUCUGUGAUCCAUGCUAAAUGUUCCAAUUUGCAUACCACGAGUGUCCGUUUCCAUUCUGAAACAACCAGACACCCAAGUUGCCCCGUACAGGCUCGUCUUUCUCUAAUUCUUGCGCUAUUUGCUCGUUAUCCAGCUCAUCACCUUACCAUUACCACUAUCAUCCCUCCGCUUUUCCUCGAGCUCUUUCGUUCCUCCCGCUCUUUGAUUGAAUUUAUCGAUUGUCUGUCUUCUCGUAUUUCUUCCAGUUGAAUACGGGAAAUUGAAGAGCACUUCCGUCUUCGGAGUAAUUGACUUUCAAGAAAGAACCUCUUCUCCAGUUACGAACUACUCCCACACAAAGAUUCUUUGUUCUGCGUGCAAAGCUCCGUUUUCGAAUAAAGAAUGCGUGUGAUCAUUUGACGUGGCAACGUGAGAAUGUCAAGAGUCGCUGACUCAUUUUGAGUGUCCCCAACCACGCUUUUCCGUCGCCUUUCGCAAUUUUUUCAAGGUAUGAAGAGCUUUGAAGUCUAUCUGUUUGUCGGAUGUAAAGCCAUUUAGAGGAGUCAACAUUCCUACUCAUAAAACCAAUUGAAUAUUUCUUCCUUCUUGUAACAUAAUAAGGCUCCUGUGACACAUUGCCAGCAUUUCUGUAGCUACAGGCCGCACAUUCUCGAACCAUUGUUCGUCAACGUCACUUCUCUCCGCUUUCCUCUCCGCCUUUCAUCGUUUUGACCGAAAAAACAACUCACAUUUUUCGCUUUUACAGAUGGGUCAAGACGACGAGGACGAUGCGCAGAUGCUGCAGGCGAAGCAGCAGAUCACAUUCAACGUCAUCAACAAAAGAAAGGUGAAUAUUUCGCGUUAAUACUACUGAAUUCGCAUGAAUCUGUAGCGAAUUCGUUGCCCUUGGCCGCAGAAAACGCCUCAAAAGUGAACUGAAGGUGGGCGGGAAAGAGGAUUCCCCGUCUCUUCUUCCCCGAUGUGUAUACAUCCGAUUCUCAUAUGUUUCUUUUUUCCGAAUAAACGAAAACAAAAUGUUAUGUCAGCUCUGCCUAUCGCUUAUUCUCUUUUCCAUACAAACACAUACAAUAAAAGUGAGUCAGACGGUGACAACUCUCUGUCCGUCCGGGAAGACCCUUUCCUUCUUCUUUUCUUCUCAAAAGAAAAAAGAACGAAAGUGCCCGAGCCAUCCUCAUUUUAGUUACGCCCGCUGAUUGCACUUCCCCUUUCAAAGCGAAUUUCAUCACCAAUUCCUCCCGUGCCUGCUCACACGGUUAGAUGAACCGACACAGCCCUGAAGUCGCAAAUCCAGUCGUAAUUUUUGCUAAUAACUCGUGCAAACAGAUGCAAACACGAAUUGUGUGUGGCAAUUUUUGCCCUGCUCGGGAGGCCUCGCACGUUUUUGCACUUCGUUUCGAAUGUCAGCUUUCCCAUUUUGUUCCGUUAGAAGCUAGUUGAUUUUGUUGCGCAGUGACGAGUGAAAGUACAGUAACAAUAUCAUUUCCAGGAUCAGUUACGUCGGUGGCAGAGCAGCGAGAUGAACGCCGAACCCUCGAGACGGAUGAAGAGGCCGAAAGUGCAGUUCCAGGAUAGUGACAUAUUUCUGUCAGCGUGCAUGUCGGGAGACGAAGAAGAAGUCGAGGAGCUGCUGCUCAAAGGCGCCGACAUAAAUACGUGUACAGUAGACGGGUUAACGGCUUUGCAUCAGGUGAGCGUCACUUCAAAUUGUUUCAAAAUUAGUUUCGUUUCUCCAGUCCGUCAUUGAUUCAAAGCCAGACAUGGUACGGUUUCUGUGUGAAAAAGGAGCAGACGUGAAUGCACAAGACAACGAAGGCUGGACCCCUCUUCACGCAGCCGCGUGUUGUGGAAACGUCGCAAUUGUGCGGUACUUGUGCCAGCACGGAGCAGAUCUCUCAAUUGUAAACAGUGAUAAAGAGCUGGCUCUGGAUCUGGCAGUUGAUGAACAGUGUCGAGAGUACCUCGAAGACGACUACAAACGGCAGAUGAUAGACCUGGAAGCGUGCCGAGAACAAGAAUUGCACACUAUGCUCAGAGAUGUAAAAUCUUGGAUAAGCACUGGAGAGUACAAGUGAGUGCAUUCACAGUAUGGCGGUGUUGAGAUCAGCCUUUUUCCAGAGAUGUUCCUCAUCCACGGACAGGCGGAACUGCAGUACAUGUGGCAGCCGGACGAGGAUACACGCAAUUGCUGGAGAUGCUCAUUAAAGCGGGCGGCAACGUGCGGGCACAAGACAAAGACGGCUGGACUCCGUUGCACGCAGCAGCUCAUUGGGCGGAGCGGGAUGCUUGCAAGAUGCUCUUAGAAAAUGGUGCUGAACUCUCUGAUCUCACUUUCUCGGUUAGUUUACAAAAAACAGCGAAUUGCAUUGAAUGAACCAUCUUAUAGGGUAUUGAUGUGCUCGGGGUCGCCGAUAAAGAGUGUGUGGAUUAUAUAGUCGAGUUGGCAGACACUGUGAAAGCACGGGAGAAGCGGAAAUCACCAGCUGGGUCGUUACCGCCGGCUUCUGUGCUUCAGGAGAAGAAUGCACGGACGCCGUCACACGAGGAACACGUGCUGUCAAGUGAACGAAAGCGCGAUUUGCAGCACCAAGACCAGCACAGGUAUACAUUUCCGUCUGAGUUGACAAGAGUCUGCAUGUUUUCUUCCUCUUCGCACCUAUUGCUUCUCUUGUUCAGCGAAAACGAGUUCUUGCACUCUGCGCCGAGCACUGGUUCGACUUCUUCGGCCAACACCACCACCACAACUACGAUAGUGAUUGGUGAUUCGCAAUCUGUCUCGAGAGAAUCAUUGAAAGAUACUGCGGAAGAUGAAGAAUGUCUGGCAGAAGAUGAAAUGGAAGCUGAGGAAGAAGAAGAAGGCGACCAAGACGAAGAAGAAACAACCGAAGAAAUAAGUGAGAUGGAAUCGAGGAAUGGGAAAGAGACUACGGUAUCUGAAGCGCGAACGGAGACUUCUCGGAGUUUGUCAGUCUCCAGGUAGGCACUGAAUCAGUUAUUCUCAUUUUACGCCUACUUUCCCCUUUUGUUCGGCACUUUCCCGAAAUUCCCAUUUUCACACUAUUAGUUUUCUUCUGAUUCGUUGUUCACCAAUGUUAUUCAUUUCCAGAAGUCUGGAUGGUUACUCAGAACGCUCGAGUGCCGGUAGAGAAUCGUCUGUCGAAACAAGUGAAGCCGCAUCGGAACCUUCCCGUUCUGUGUCCGUUUCCACUUCCAACUCAUCCCGAUUCGUUUCUUCGUCCACUUCAUCCUCACAAAGAUCUGCAUCAGUUGCAUCAUCAGAAACUCCAAGAUCCUCUCUGGUUUGUAAAAUUACUCACAAACCGAUAAAAACUCCUUUUCAAGUGUUUUCAGGAGAGCUCUUCUGUCGGAAGCGGAGAUCAGACAGUCAGUGCCACCGUCCCGAUCGCUCCGUCAACAGCUCCUCCAAAAGCGAUUCAUCAGAGCCCAAGUUCGUGGAUCAACAGAGGGUUCCCAUUGUCAUCCAGGUGUGUUACAUAAGACGGAAUUAAGGCCACGCGACCUUUAGUCAAAAUGUCAUUUUGGAAAGCAUUAGUCAAACGCUGCGUCCUCUUUUUACCAUAAAGACAACACGAAGACGAUGAUGAAUCAUAUCUGUUGUAUAAAUAUGAAACGCGCAUGUACAGUCAUCUGUGUUGCUAUUUCUAUCUUCCCUCGCAUUUUUCUUCAAACGAGCGUUCCCUUUUUCAGAAGUUCGUCAGCGUCUGUCACUCGGAGCAGUUCGACGCCGGCCUCCGAGAUAAUCUCGCCUCCGGCUUCCCUCCAUUCGCAGCACUCCUUUCCAUCUUCGAGCGUUGCAGUACCGUCUUCUUCGACCACCGUCACUCCGACUUCUGUCCCGUCCACUCCAGUCUCGAACAUUAUGGCAGCGACCAUCUCAUCGUCUGCCAAAAACACUCCUUCUCCGGCUGGAAGUGUCACUAUUACCGCUACCUUCUCGAAACCAAGGUACGCUAUUCUCCAAACUGCUUUCCCAUCCCGUCCUUUUGAGUUAUCGUCUCUUUUAUGUUAUUUUUUGGUUUCUUAUCCAAAUGUCCUAGUCCAUUUACGUUCUGUGUCCACAUUUCAGCAGGCCAGAUGAGGUUUACCGUAGUCCGUCACAGCCUACGAACGUCCCAUGGGCUUCUCUGUGGCACAAUGUGAACAACUCGUCAAGCGGUCAGAUUCGCUCUCACAUAGAACAGCUGCGAAACGCGUCUUCUUCUUCUCUGGCGUCCUAUCCACGUGUCAGUGCAUUCCGUCCACCAAUAAAGACCGCCUCGUCGGCUUCGGUGACUGCCUCGUCAACUCCUCAACCAGUUAUCGCCGAAUAUCCUCGUGGAUUUGUGCCCCACCAAAUCAAUCCCGUCAAAAUGAGGUUCAUCGUGUGUCUCUGUGUCUUGCAUGCCCUAUCUAACAUGUUGUCAGUCUCGAAACGCUAGACAAUGACCCUCAAUCCACAAUUGUUCCCUCGCCAGGAAUGAAUUCUGUUUUUGGGGAGCACUAGACAUCAACGUUUAUUUCAGCCGGUGGCAGUCGAAGACGGUGACUGAAAGCGAGGCCGAACGGCGCAAUAACUCGCGAAUGCAACGUCAGCAUCGUCGUUCCACUCAAGGAGUUACGAAAGAGCAGCUGGAGGAGGCGAGCAAGUUUGCGACGGACGAGACUAUCAGACGCAACUCGCAACUGCUUUCUACGACGCCAUCGACGGUAAGAACUUCUCUCGCUAAGAUUCAAAAGUUAAUCGCACCAAGAAACAACUCUGUAUCCCUGAAUCUAACUGCAUAUUUCUUUCCCAGCUCGGCGUGCAGUUCCUUUUCAGUUGCAGGUACGUCUUGCUUCCGAAGAGAAGGAUCUCUCGUCAACAAGCGAGGAGGUGAAAGACGGCGACGUGACCACUUCGGCAACUGUUUCGCUUGCCAACUCGCCCAACUCGAACGCGGCGAAUGUGAGGAGAAAGAGUCAGGUAGGCAUGAAAUCUGACACCCUCUUCUUCCUUUCCCCGCUCCCCUUGAUCUUCCUUAGUUCUCCUAUAUCGUGUGUUUUGAUCAUCUGGAACCGGUAGAGGCGUGUUUUAGUGUGCUGUCCUCUUUUCAGGGGCUCUCCAUCUCUCGCUCAAAUCGUCGCGCGACCGGGCCGGUCAAUCCGGAGGACCUGGUCCAGUUGCGGCCUCAUGCUAUGGAACCGUCCAGUCCGGCCAUGAGUCUGCGGCUGGCCACUGCAUCCAUCUCAUCGCAACCAUAUUCGCCCGCUUCAAUCCGUUCGAAUGCUGGAACUCUGCCAACUGUGACGUCGCGGUUCUCUGAGAAGGCACAGUCCCUCCCGCCGGCCACGAACGGAACGGUAAGGUCUAUGUUGUGGAAAUGCAGUUUUCCUUUUCCCUUCUACGUUUGCUUCUAUUAGAUACCAUAGAAUGUUUUUUUUCGGGCCCCAGUCAAGGGUUUUUAACUUCUCUUCUCCGAAAUAUUUAACUGCGUUUCGGACGUUUUUUUGCUGUAAUGUCUGGGAGAGCGGCGCAUCCGAGUGUCAACAAGAUCACUGAUCGACUGAAACCGAUACCAUAUCCUAUCUUUGUUCUAUCUGUUUGCUCGGACUCCCACACACGCAAAAUUUGAGCGACUUUUUUCUAGAUGCCAUUGAAAUUCCAUCUAUAGCGCUACCUUCGAAAAGUAAUACAACAAGAAUGCAGUUAUUUUUAAGCCCAAAAACAAAUGUGACACAUCGAAUAGUCUGUGCAGAUGUUUGUGUGUCCUCUCGAAACUUUGAAAAGACGCAAUUUCUCUGCCUCUAGCCACUUUCAUAUAACGUCUCGCCGUUGCCCCGCCUUGGUUCAAAACAAAUAGAUUUUGAGAUGGGUGCACAGAGGAGCCGGGCACAAAGACUGCAAAAGCCGCCAUGGCCACUAGUAUUUCGAGCCCAAUGAUUCUUAGAUCUAGAAAUCUACGAAUUCGAGCACCAUAUUCACAAGAUAGAGCUAAGCAACGAUCAUUUAGCAGCGACAGAGUGAAAUACUCUUUUCAUUGCCUCAAUUUGAAAACUGUAACUAUUUCAGCCGUCGAGCCAAUCGCUCUCUUCGCGUAGUGCCGUUGUUGCUGGUCUGUCGGCUGCUCCCUCGAUGAGAUCCGCUGGCGUGGCUCCGCUCUCCGCGACCGCGUCUUCCCGAUUCCUGCCGUCCUCAUCCCUUUCCUCGAACAGCUCUUCCAACCCAACCGGUUCUUAUGCUCUACAGGUAACUCUUAUCUUUUGGCAUUUCCAUAGUUUCCGUGUUCCAGAGCCGUCCAACUGAGACCAACCUCAACUACAAAGCUCUAUUCGAAAAGGAACGGACGGAGUGCGAUCGACUGCGAAGGGAGGUGGACGACUUGCGGAGAUCGCAGACUGCUGAUGUAUGUUUCCAUUCUCUGUUUGCUUCGACCGAUUGAACUUUCAGACCUGGCGCGGAAACUCAACGACGCCAGCUUGGAGAACUCGCAAUGCCUCGCCUUCCGCACAGCCACACAAUCUGUCGGUGGCCAAGUCUACUUCUCUUGCUUCUUUCGAUGAGAAUGAACGCAGAAGUAUGGAGAGGAAGAUUGCCGAUUUAGAAUUGCAGCUGAAGGUGAUCACAAUGAUGCAACUUUACGAAAUUAAUCCUCUCUUUUUUCAGACCUCUCAGAAUCUUCGGAUGGAAAAUCAGCGAUUGAAAGAGGAGAAUGGAGCGCUAGUUCGUGUUAUAUCCAAAAUGACGAUUUAG